AUGUCCGUCGAGGCUCCUGUCAACUUGUCACAGGCGCUGUGGGACCAGUCGUCCCCCAAUUUUGGUGACUUCACUCACAUUCUUGACAAUAUGACUGUACCCUCAUCAUUGAUCUAUGACCAGCCGGCCUUACCACUGCCAACAUUCUCCCUAAUGGAUGAGUCGGGCCUUCAGCCUUCCAGUAUUCAUUGGCAAUAUCCCAAUACUCCAUCUGAUGUAGGCCCAAUUAGUCCUCAGGUCCCGCAUUUAUUUGGCGAAUUCUCGUCGAUAUUUCCUUCCUUUGAACCGUCGCCAUCGGUGAAAGCUUGCCGGGACCCAUGGAACAUCACGCAACAACACUGGGACAGACUCUUUGCGCAAGUUCAAUUCUUUAGUCCUCUUAUUCCGCCUGGGUUUGUGCUUCAGUCACGCCAUACUUUGACUCGCUAUCUCGGGACAUACUUCUCGGGAUUCCACCGCCACUUGCCCUUUCUUCACGUCCCUACAUUCUCACCGGAAAGGUGUUCAGUUGAGCUAGUACUAGCUAUGACAGUCAUUGGAGCCCAGUCUAAUUUUGAAUAUGAUAACGCGAGAAUGCUAUUCGAAACGUCUUAUGCCAUAGUGCAAGAACGUCUGCGUAAUCGCAAAGCUGAGCUGCGCCAUAGGUCAUUUCCAAUGGAAGAUGAAGCACCGAGCGAAUUGCAGCCUGGAGGCCUGCCUUGGAUGAGAAGCUCAUUCUCUGCCCCAGAAGUCCCGUCAGACUCGAGUGCGGGCCAGGCCUGCAUCCCUCACUUCAACCCACUGCCUGCCGCACAAACACUGCUCUUGCUCAUGGCAAUGGCAACGUGGGGGAAUUCAAAGUCCAUCUACAACAAAGCUUUUGGCCUGCAAAAUACAAUAGUUAACCUCGUGCGAGAGGAAGAAUUCCUGAAGGUGCAAACCCGGAUACCGGAAGGCAUCGCCUGGGCUCAAUGGGUUCAAAUCGAAGGGUUCAAGAGGACAAUCGCUAUCAUAUACUGUUUUUUAAAUUUCCACACAAUAGUCAAUGACACCCCACCUCCAAUUCGAACCUCGGAACUCAUUAUCGAUCUUCCCUCGCGGGAAGCCGAUUGGGCGGCCCGAACUGAGAAGGAGUGGCAGGAACUCCGGGGUAGAUCCGAACCUGAGCCACAGUUUCAAUCCUAUUUCUCAAGUCUCUUCUUAGAGCCCAAGGAAGAUAACGAAGUUCUCAAGGGAUACUCCUCUCUGGGUGGAUACACCCUCAUAUUGGCUUUGAUUCAACACAUCUACUUCCUACGCGAGUUGAGCAAAUGCAGACCUGGCUCAGAACAGAGCCUAUCUCCUACAGAUGCCGCUAACGUGGAGCAAGCACUGAGGAACUGGCAGAAUGGAUGGUAUACAGACCCAGAAUCAUCCCUUAGUCCAAGGAGUCCACACGGCCCGAUUUCCUUUAACUCGACAGCUUUGCUUCGAAUGGCCUAUAUCCGGCUGGUUGUUGAUGUGGGCCCGUGGCGCGCUCUCAACACCCACAAUCCCUACGAAAUUGCGAUAUCUAUGCACCAAAGUCCGCCCCUAACACCUUCUCCUCAACUGGCACGCGCAGUACUAUACGCUGCGCAUGCACUCAGCAUCCCGGUCAAGAUUGGUGUCAGUAUCGUGACGCGGAGCCAGGCUUUUACAUGGUCCCUUCAGCAUUCGCUCUGUGCCCUUGAGUGCGCUUUUGUGGUUAGCAAGUGGUUGUUUGCUAUACAGAAUCGGAUGGCCGAGGUGCCCCUUGAUAAGGAGGAAGCAACAUUGAUCGCUUACCUCGAUGAUAUUGUAACAGAAGCAGACCCUGUAACUUGUUCGGUGAGAGGGGGCACCAAGGUACCACACCUUUUUGAACUGUGUGUUCGGGUCAUCAAGCUUUGGGCGAAACUUCUGAGCGGAGAAGCCCACUGGGACGUAGUGCGCAUGAUUGGGAAGGUGUUAGAAGCAUAUGGUUACAUCUUAGAGAAGGAACUUCCAAUGUAA